GAGGUGGAGGUGGUGGUGGUGGAGGUGGAGGAGGUGGAGGUGGAGGCGGUGGAGGUGGUGGUGGAGGAAGCGGUGGAGGAGGCGGUGGAGGUGGCGGAAGCGGCGGUGGAGGUGGAGGCGGUGGAGGUGGUGGUGGAGGAGGCGGUAGAGAUGGUGGUGGAGGAGGCGGUGGGGGUGGUGGAGGAAGAG